AUGUUGACCAAGUAUCUGCUCCUGGUGACUGCACUCUUUCUCUUGCUCGCUACACCAGCCCAGAGCGGCGGCGUGGGAGCCGGCCGCGUCAAACAUCCGCCCCAGGAUAGUCAGGGCGGCAACCGCAUUCCUCCAGAUUUCGUCAAGCACAUGCCCCCGAUCCGUCGUCCGGACCCUUCUCAACCUCCUGGCAAGGAUAAUAGGGCUUCGUCUUACAAAUUCGUCACCCCACCUCCCCCGCCUCCCCGUCGCGUCAAGGCUAGACCGCCACCGCGCGUUUACUGUGAGUGCUGCGACUGCAAGUGUCACUCUCAUCAUCGGCUGCCAUGCUCGCUGAGCGGUCACGUCUCUCUUUCUCCCCCUCUGCCUAGGGGUCACCAAGCGCCCAGCUCGUUGGACCGAUGCGCAAGUAACGCGAACCUGGAUCCUCGCAUGCAAGUCGGCGGGAGGAAGAGCUUCUGUGUACGACAUAGCACCCAUCAAGGUGGAGUGUGUGGACGUAAAGUGAGUGCGGGCAAGGAUGUUGAGCGCAUGUGCACACCUCGUUGCUCAUGCCUGCGCACGUCCAACCGCACACCCUCUCCUCCCUCGCCACGCAGCGGCUUCAGCAAAGCCGACAUCGUCGUCAAGACUCUUCUUGCUGCUAGACCGUAUCAGUGGACCUUUGCUCCACAUUGA